GUCUUCUAUAUGCUGCACACAUAGCCCUUCUCCUUCUCCUUGUUCCUUGUUCCUUCUGUUUCCAAACAUCCACCCUUUGUGGCAAUAUCAACAUAACGUAUCCAUUUCAAUUAAAGGGAAGCCUUCAAAAUUGUGGCUACAUGCACAACAAAUUUGAGCUGUAUUGUGGUUGGGAAAAUGUUACCGUAAUGUGCUUGUAUUCGGGAAGGUAUUACGUAAAGGCGAUCAAUUACAGUGACUGGACAAUCCGAGUUGUGGAUGCUGGUGUUCAGAAGAAAGACAACUACUUCUCCAACCCAAAUUACUCUUUAACCUCCUACAACCUUAGUGAUCAUGGAGAUCCUUUUUCAUCUUUUUCUUAUAAUAGCGACAAAGAUAUUCAAGAACUCCGACUGUAUAGUCUAGCGAUACGUGAAGUGCCUAUAAUUUUUAUCAGCUGUGCAUAUCCAAUGCAUUCUCCUCGCCUUAUUGAUACAGCUCCAUGCAUCAACAAUUCUGCCAAUUCUUCUUUGUCCAGUACUUUAGGAAUGUUUUCUUAUGUCAUGAUUGGCAACAUAAGUUCAUUCGAUUUGGGGGAGUCCUGCAGAAUAACACAAAUGGUUGUGGUGUCACCUUCAACAUCUACAGAUCUGCACCGGAACUUGUCCUGUGAAGGUAUAUAUAAUGAAAUAGCGAGCGGCUUUGAGCUCUCAUGGUUUAACGGUGCAUGUGACUUAUGUAGAAUGGGUAAGGAGAACUGCACGCUCGACAACGUGAGUAAAAUCAAGUGCCCUGCAAUAACCAACAAAGUUAUGAUUGAGUUUUUCACUUGUGUUGCAGCAUGGGUAUUCCAGUUGUAUUUCUUUGCGCUCACCAACAAGUGCAACAGGAAUGUUGCCCUUCCUUGGCUUCCAUUAACCUGUGUAAUCUCUUACCUAGGAAUAUUGCACACAGUCUUAUAUGUGUUUGGCUUUCCCUGUGCAAUUGCAUUCAUAAUAUACAAAUGGAAAAGGAGGCACUUGUCAAUGCAUGACAAUAUAGAAGACUUUUUGCAGAACAAUAAGCUCAUGCCAGUAAGGUACUCUUACUCAAACAUAAAAAAGAUGGCCAAAGGUUUCAAGGAAAAAUUGGGUGAAGGAGGCUAUGGCUCUGUAUACAAGGCAAAGCUUCGUAGCGGUCGCCUUGUUGCCAUCAAGAUGUUGGGUAAGUCCAAAGCUAAUGGGCAAGACUUCAUCAAUGAAGUUGCUACCAUUGGAAGGAUUCACCAUGUUAACGUGGUGCGGCUCAUUGGCUUCUGUGUUGAGGGUUCAACGCGUGCUCUCAUAUACGACUUCAUGCCUAAUGGAUCUCUUGAUAAAUACUUAUUUUCUCAACAGGGAGUUAUCUCUUUGAAUUGUGAGAAAAUGUUUGAAAUUGCUCUUGGAGUGGCUCGUGGUAUUGAAUAUUUGCACAGAGGAUGUGACAUGCAAAUUCUGCACUUUGACAUCAAACCUCAUAACAUUCUUCUUGACGAGAAUUUUCUUCCCAAGGUGUCUGAUUUCGGAUUAGCAAGGCUAUGCCCGCUCGAUAAUAGCAUUGUAUCUUUAACAGCAGCAAGAGGAACUAUCGGAUACAUAGCACCAGAGUUAUUCUAUAAAAACAUUGGAGGUAUUUCAUACAAAGCUGAUGUCUAUAGUUUCGGAAUGCUGUUGAUGGAAAUGGCUGGCAGAAGAAAGAAUUUAAAUGCAACCAUAGAGAAGUCAAGCCAAAUAUACUUUCCAACAUGGGUUUUUGACCAAUUGAGUGAUGGAAAGGACAUAAAAGUUGAAGACGCCACAGAGGAGGAAGAGAAGAUCAUAAAGAAGAUGAUCAUUGUGGCAUUGUGGUGCAUACAAAUGAAGCCUAGUGACCGUCCGUCUAUGAAUAAAGCAGUCGAGAUGCUUGAAGGAGAAAUUGAGUGCCUUGAAAUGCCUCCAAAGCCUUUUUUGUAUCCACAACAAAUGCCAGAAGUGGCUCCUGGGGACAAUUCAAGUACCACAAGUGCAUCAACAGUAACAAAUUCUACAGAAAUCGUUUUGAUUGCUGAUGUGAAUCAAACAAUAUUGGAAGAUCCUUAUGAGCUAAUUGCUAUUAGGCAUGCAUACAACCCAGAUGAGGAUUAUGCAGAGGUGGAGUCCAGAUUGCGUGCGCAUUUGGAAUCUUUCCUAGAAACUGCAAGAUCAUUCAAUACAUUAAGCAAAUUAAAAGAUUUUGGCAUACUUGUUACUGAUAAUGUAUAUCUAAAGAGGAAAAGUGAUGCGCUUGUGAUACAUGAACUUGUCUUAAAAGAAAAAGAAAAAGAAUGGUAUCUUUGCCUUCACCAUAAUGAUUGA